AUGCAAUACUUCAGCACCCUCUUGGUGUUUGCCUUCCUUCCUUUUGCGCUAUCUGCGUCUAGCACCCCGCCAGAGGGGAUAUCGGAAUUCUGCAAGCAAAAGAACGAGGUCCCUCACCUAAAGGACGACGGUACUUGGGGUUGCGCUUCUAGCAUUUGCACUUCCGGCCAGGAUCAGAGUACCUUGCACAAGGAUUCCAAGACCGGAAACUGGACCUGCUGCCCCAAGGGACAGAAACUGGACCAUGGCUCUUGCACACAGCCCGGAGGAAAGGACCCUAUUGUCCCUACACCCAAGCCAGGACCAGGAUCCUGCGGACUCCAUCUGAAGGACGCAAAACUGGAAAGCCUUCUUCGGGCCCUUCUGGUUCAAUGUUUCCCCCACGAACACGCAUCCUUGGACGCCUUCAUUCAGUACUAUAUCACCGUCCUCCACGGGGGUAUCGACCUGAUUGAAGUCAUCUACAAGAAUGGUUGCGAUGGGCCUACCGUCGACCCCGCUCCUGUUCACCCGUGGUGGAAAUGCCCGGCGGACAACUCGACACCCUGCAAAUGGCUUCCUUUGGAAAACAACAAACUCCGAAAGAGCCUAGCGGCAACCUCCGAUCACAAGGUCCUGCCGAAUCCUAACUUGCCCGUGCCGAACUACAAGUAUCCCUUCGACACGCUAGUGACCAAAUUCCCGGAUGAUGAUCUGGAUAUCUAUGUCAAAGAUCAGAAGCUCCAGGCACAAGGCUCUGGAACGAGCUAUCUCAUUCCUGCUGGCACAUCGGGCGAUGAUGUAUACUACAAAUCCCCUAAGGGAGCCCAAGUCCAGUUCUAUGGAGCUUGCUCAGAGGAUACACCAUGUAUUGGCGACGAAGUGGUAACCUGGCAGGGAGGCAAGCCUCUCACACCCACUGCUCCCGAUGUGGAAAUCGAUGUCAGUGACUACGACUACGAUGUUGUUUUCACUUUGGCCGAUACUAUUGUGACCACUGAACAGUACGUGGUGCUCGCAGAUGGCAAGAAGGUUGGCACAACACACGGUCGGUUGAGUCUUGGGGAUGAUAAAUACAAUACGAAGCACAUCGCCAAAACCACCGAUGUUGGUGGUGGCGCUCCGGGAGCCCUGAAGAGUAUCGCCAAUGAUGGGUUCUGGGGUUCAUUCCGCAUUCCUAAAGAUACCAAGAAAGUGAGCGUUCAUCUUGACUACGAAGCUGCAGUAUGGCCAAACUAUAUCUUUGAGUAUCGGAUCGAUAAGCUCUGCCAAUGCUAA